CUCGAGGAUUUUUCUCAGAAAAACUCGCAGGGAAUGCCUGUUUCAUCCAUUCAAUAGAUCGAGGUUCGAACAUCACUUUUGGGAAAAGAACAAAAUGCUCAGAACCUUGUUUCUGAUUUCCUUGUUGAUUCAUUCGAUCGUAGCCCAAAAAUCUGCACUUCCACCAAAAGCUGCUGCACCUGCACCUGUACCUGUACCUGCAACUGCAACUGCACCUGCACCUACACCUGCAACUGCACCUCAAUUAACGAAAUGGUCAACAUUGAGUGGUAAUGAGCCUCUUGUAAUUGCGCGUGGUGGUUAUUCGGGACUCUUCCCUGAAGGCACUCCAGACGCCAUUGCACUAGCAAGAGAUAUAAGCAUUUUAUUGUGCAAUCUUCAGUUGUCCAAAGAUGGCGGGGCUUUUUGUAUCACAGGAUCUACACUUGACAAUGCAACAACUAUAGAAUUCUUCGAUACUAAGCAAAGUACCUACAAUAUUAAUGGGAAGGACGUGAAAGGACACUUUUCAGUGGAUUACAAUUCAGAACAGAUUGCCAUGAAUAUAUCAGUGAUUCAGGCCAUAUUUUCACGACCCAGUGCUUACGAUGGUCUUGAUCCAGUUCUGAACCUUGAUGCUCUGAUGAGUGGGAAAAACCCUCCGAGGUUUUGGUUGAAUGUUCAGAAUGCAGCAUUCUACCAUGAAAAGGGAGUAAAGGUGGUAGAUAUUGUUUUGGAAUUACUGAAUGCGUAUCAAAUAGAAUUUGUUUCAGCUUCAGAUAUGGGGUUCUUGAAGAGUCUGAUUGAGAAAACAAAUAGGCAACCGAAGGUGGUGUUUCAACUUCUUAAUGCUAAGGAUGUGGAACCUUCAACCAAGAAGCCAUAUGAAAGUGUUAUAAAGGAUAUUGCUACAAUAAAGUCAUUUGCAACAGGCAUAAUGGUCCCAAAAGAAUACAUAUGGCCCCUUAAAGCAGACAAAUAUCUGGGAAAUCCCACCACACUUGUGGCUGAUGCCCAUAAAUCAGGACUAGAAGUCUAUGCUUCUGGUUUUGCCAAUGAUUAUUUUACUAGCUAUUCUUAUAACUAUGAUCCUACCGCUGAGUACCUUCAAUUUUUCGACAACGGAGAUGUUGUUGAUGGUGUUGUCACCGAUUUCCCAUCAACAGCAUCAAAUGCUAUAGUUUGCUAUGCACACAAUAAUACCUUGACCAAAAAAGGACCAACUUUGGUCAUAAGCAACAAUGGUGCAAGUGGAGUGUAUCCAGGCAGCAGUGAUCUUGCAUAUAAGCAAGCAAUAGAUGACGGUGCCGACAUUAUAGAUUGUUCAGUUCAAAUGACAAGAGAUGGCAUUGCCAUCUGCUCAAAUAGCUCAGACCUAGGCCCAGAUACCAACGCAAUGACUAAAUUUAUGUCUCGAUCUUCAAAGGUCAAAGAAAUUCAACCCAAAUCGGGAAUAUUCUCCUUUGACCUUUCCUGGGGCGAGAUUCAGACAUUAAAACCUCAUAUUGUUAAAAACGGCGAUUUCCAAAGAAACCCUGCAAACAAAACCAGCGGUAAAAUGGUCAGCCUCCAAGAGUUUCUGGAGAUAGCCAAGACAAAGGAUGUUCCUGGCGUUUUGGUAAACAUUCAGAAUGCGGCGUACCUUGCAUCAAAAAAGGGUCUUGACAUUGUAGAUGCUGUUAGCAGUGCCUUGAAAAAUGCCAGCUUGGUCAACCAACAAGUCCUGGUUCAAUCAGACGACAGCUCCGUCCUAUCGAAGUUCAAAGAUAACCAGUCUUACAAAAGGGUAAUGUAUUUGACUGAAAAGAUUGGUAGUGUACCCAGAAAAACAGCGGACGAGAUAAAAAAGUAUGCGGAUGCAGUGAAUGUUCCAAAAACUUCUGUUAUCGAAGUAUAUGCCUCUUACUUGUAUCGAUUGACCAAUGUUGUAAAGGAGUUGAAAGAUGCAAACCUCACAGUAUUCGUUCGUACUCUUAAAAAUGAAUACACAUCACUGGCAUUCGACUACUGGUCAGACCCUAAUAUCGAGAUUGCUACUUACAUCCAGACUGCUAUGGUUGAUGGAGUAAUCACCGAUUUCCCAGCCACUUCGAGUAGAUUCGUCAGGAGUCCCUGUAGCGAUAUUAACAAUGAAUUUUCUAUCUUACCGGCCAGACCUGGUGAGCUACUGAAAACUACCCCACUCCAGGACCAGCCACAAGCGCAGGCACCACUUCCUCCUCUUGAGGUUGCAAACGUUGUUGACCCACCUCUUCCUCCGGUCAACGAGGCUUCCAAACCGGCUGAAUCUAGGGCUGCCGAUGAAACUCCACCUGCUGCUGAUGAUGCUACACCUGCUGCUGCCGACGCUCCUGCAGCUUCAGAUGCCAGAACAGAGCUUGCUAACUGUGGCUUCUCAGCGGCAGCCAUUUUGGUGCUUGCUACGCUCUUGCAUAGAAAUUAAUGUGAUUAACCCAGCAAAUGCUAGAGAACACUAACAUAACCCUAACAUUGGUUCUACAAUUACAUUCCAUCUUGUAUCAUAGAAACAACACGAGAUUGGUUCUACAAUUCUUAUACAUGGGUUAUUCUUCAGGCAACCAACCCAUUUGCCAACGCUUGCAUUUGGAUUAUUAGGAAUGCAAAAUCCGUGCCAAAUUACCAAAAUUUAUAGGCGUGCAACGCAAUGCACUGCGUCCGGUAUUUAAAAGGCACAAUCUUGAAAGACAGUGUAUAGAUUUAUAAUUAUUGAAACCAUUGCACGAACAGUAAUUAAUCUUCUUCCUUCAAAUGCAGCCGUGACAACUUUAAAUGAACUCCGCAAUCAUACAAUUACACAACAAUUUUAAAAUUGGAUUCUACUACAAUCUAACUAUAAAUAUAUAUAUAUAUAUAUAUAUAUAUAUA